GAACCAGUGAAUUUAGUAGGCUGUUUACUAUAAAAACCCAAUAAUGUAAUACCAUUAUAUUGAAUGUAAAAUGACAUUAUUGAAUUGUCUGAAUUAAAACUUUGAAGCAAUUAUUAGUUCUGCCACUUUGUUACCCUUUUUACACACCACAGCUUCCUCUACAGCUUGAGUUACCAAAAAAGCAGAGUCCACUAAGCCCCUGGCAUCUCCACUAGAGUGCAUAAAUUAGUCAUGGGACUACUCUAUAGCUACCGCUGUGGUAUAAGCUUCUGCGCCAUACAGACAACUUUUGUCUUUGGCCCUCAGGUCGACCAUCCUAACCCCACUUCCCUUCCUUGCCGCUGUCUCUGCCUGCCCCCUAAGCACGUUCCCUGGGGAAUUGUUUUCUUAUGAUUUUUUACAUGAAAGGUAUGCUGGUGCCUGGGUACCUGUCACCUAUCUCUAUUUCUGUCCCGUCUUGUAGCCAUGCUGUUGGGCUUUGGCGCGGCUGUCCCUGACUUCAACAAGCACAUGUCUCAUCCUCAUGUGGCGUUAGAGUUGGUGUUAUAGUGUUAUGUGGGUCAGGUAGUCCAGAAUAGGGAACCCUAGGGGAAAGAUGCACAAUGCCACUCUCGGGCCAAGAUAGAACUCCUGGCGAUGUGGUUCGUGUUUCCCUCUAAGCGGAACAACAGAGUCAGUGUUACCGACUGCUGUGCUCUGACUGGCACUCGGACUGAGGAAUGAAUGGUGACCUUUGAUAUUCAGGCAUGAAAUGCACCGACUGCCACAAUGAGAGAGCUUUUAGAGAGCUGUAUCACUCUACCUGGAGUGCUGCUCACAUUGAGGACACCAAUCCUUAUGAGGGAAUAAAAGGCAGCUGUGCUGUUACACUCAGUCAAUUCACAGUGUGAGGAAAAAGGGUUGACAAACUGGCAGAAAUAAUUACUUUGAUUAAAAGAAAAAUAGAAUGCUGUCUUUAAUUACUACUUUGCUUUUCUAGUUAGUGCGUUGCUUAUAUUCCUACUCUGUAUGCCCAUGUCUUGGCUUGAGAAUGACUGCCCUGCUCUCACAAUAUGCGUUGGCUUGGCAACAGACAUUUAAGUCAUUACAUUACAUUUACAUUUUACAUUUAAGUCAUUUAGCAGACGCUCUUAUCCAGAGCGACUUACAAAUUGGUGCAUUCACCUUAUGAUAUCCAGUGGAACAACCACUUUACAAUAGUGCAUCUAACUCUUUUAAGGGGGGGGGGGGGGUUAGAAGGAUUACUUUAUCCUAUCCUAGGUAUUCCUUAAAGAGGUGGGGUUUCAGGUGUCUCCGGAAGGUGGUGAUUGACUCCGCUGACCUGGCGUCGUGAGGGAGUUUGUUCCACCAUUGGGGUGCCAGAGCAGCGAACAGUUUUGACUGGGCUGAGCGGGAACUGUACUUCCUCAGAGGUAGGGAGGCGAGCAGGCCAGAGGUGGAUGAACGCAGUGCCCUUGUUUGGGUGUAGGGCCUGAUCAGAGCCUGAAGGUACGGAGGUGCCGUUCCCCUCACAGCUCCGUAGGCAAGCACCAUGGUCUUGUAGCGGAUGCGAGCUUCAACUGGAAGCCAGUGGAGAGAGCGGAGGAGCGGGGUGACGUGAGAGAACUUGGGAAAGUUGAACACCAGACGGGCUGCGGCAUUCUGGAUGAGUUGUAGGGGUUUAAUGGCACAGGCAGGGAGCCCAGCCAACAGCGAGUUGCAGUAAUCCAGACGGGAGAUGACAAGUGCCUGGAUUAGGACCUGCGCCGCUUCCUGCGUGAGGCAGGGUCGUACUCUGCAAAUGUUGUAGAGCAUGAACCUACAGGAACGGGUCACCGCCUUGAUGUUAGUUGAGAACGACAGGGUGUUGUCCAGGAUCACGCCAAGGUUCUUAGCACUCUGGGAGGAGGACACAAUGGAGUUGUCAACCGUGAUGGCGAGAUCAUGGAACGGGCAGUCCUUCCCCGGGAGGAAGAGCAGCUCCGUCUUGCCGAGGUUCAGCUUGAGGUGGUGAUCCGUCAUCCACACUGAUAUGUCUGCCAGACAUGCAGAGAUGCGAUUCACCACCUGGUUAUCAGAGGGGGGAAAGGAGAAGAUUAAUUGUGUGUCGUCUGCAUAGCAAUGAUAGGAGAGACCAUGUGAGGAUAUGACAGAGCCAAGUGACUUGGUGUAUAGCGAGAAUAGGAGAGGGCCUAGAACAGAGCCCUGGGGGACACCAGUGGUGAGAGCACGUGGUGCAGAGACAGAUUCUCGCCACGCCACCUGGUAGGAGCGACCUGUCAGGUAGGACGCAAUCCAAGCGUGGGCCGCGCCGGAGAUGCCCAGCUCGGAGAGGGUGGAGAGGAGGAUCUGAUGGUUCACAGUAUUAAAGGCAGCCGAUAGGUCUAGAAGGAUGAGAGCAGAGGAGAGAGAGUUAUCUUUAGCAGUGCGGAGCGCCUCCGUGAUACAGAGAAGAGCAGUCUCAGUUGAAUGACUAGUCUUGAAACCUGACUGAUUUGGAUCAAGAAGGUCAUUCUGAGAGAGAUAGCAGGAGAGCUGGCCAAGGACGGCACGUUCAAGAGUUUUGGAGAGAAAAGAAAGAAGGGAUACUGGUCUGUAGUUGUUGACAUCGGAGGGAUCGAGUGUAGGUUUUUUCAGAAGGGGUGCAACUCUCGCUCUCUUGAAGACGGAAGGGACGUAGCCAGCGGUCAAGGAUGAGUUGAUGAGCGAGAUGAGACGCCGAGGGGGAGCAGGAGGAUGGAGAAGGUUGGGAAAAACCUAAACCAAAACCAGCCUUCAUGCCUCAGACCAGCCUGGUGCCUCCCAAAAUCCCAGAUGGAGAGAAAGUGGACUUUGAUGAUAUCCACCGCAAGCGUAUGGAGAAGGACCUGACUGAGCUGCAGACGCUUAUCGAGGCCCAUUUUGAGAGUCGCAAGAAGGAAGAAGAGGAGCUCAUCAACCUCACUGAUCGUAUUGAGAAGCGCAGGUCUGAGAGAGCAGAGCAAGUGAGGAUCCGAACGGAGAAAGAAAAGGAGCGUCAAAACAGAAUAAACGAGGAAAAGGCAAGAAAGGAGGAAGAGGAAUUUAAGAAGAAAGCAGAGGAUGACGCCAAGAAAAAAAAGGUCCUCACCAACUUGCAGUUCAGCGGGUACAAGACAGAAAAGAAAGGUGGGCCAAAAAAGAAAACAGAGCGAGAGAAGAAGAGAGCGAUCUUAAGUGAACGGCAUAAUGAGCUGAAUAUUGACCAUCUCAAAGAGGACAAACUGAGAGAGAAGGCUACUGAACUGUGGAAGUGGAUACAUCAACUUGAGGCGGAGAAAUUUGAUCUCCAGUACAAACACUCGCGACAGAAAUAUGAUGUCACCGUACUCAGGAAUCGAGUCAGCGAUCAUCAGAAAGUUACCAAGGGGACCAGGAGCAAACGGGGCUUGAGGAAAUAAUGUUGCAGAUCAGAAUUGAGCCCAUAGGAGUUCAUUCCAUUCAUACCACCUUGCCCGAUGGACAUCCUGGUACUCUACAGACAAGGAAGACUUGUGUGACACAUGGAAUAUUUUUCAGAAAAAAAUAUUUGGAAAUAACUUGUGUGGAUUGUUAUUUUUAGGGAAAAAAUGUAUCACAAUAAACCAAAACAAAUAUG